AUGUUACCUAAACACCUAUCACUUGGAUUUCCAAAAUUAAGUCUCGAAAACCCCACCGUCUAUCCAAACCAGCCCGAAAUAUGUCUUCACAAGGGUCGCAAGAGAAGAGCCGACUCCCAGUCGUUGGCGGAUUCUGAAUCAACAAAGAUCCCAAAGGCACAGCUCCGGAGGUUUGUGGGAUUUGUGAACCACAAAGUCGAAAAGAAAGCAGCAUUGUACUUUGCAAGCAAGAUCUAUGAAUUGCCUGUGCCAGAGUCAGUCACGCAUCGAAUGGUCAUAUGGACUAGUGGUAUUCUACAUGAAGGGUCUGGAGCAGUGGGGGUGGUGUGGAUGAAAGCUCCCCACGGAACCGAGGCACCGAUUCCAUGGACAACAAAUCCUACCACUUCGACUGUCUCACCAACCACAUGGGAAGUUAAGGGGCGGGAAUACCCCGGAAAGCGCAUCACCGACAAUACAGUGGGACAUUUUGCCAUCGCAACUGCUAUUGAUCUUGCCCUAGAGGAGCUUGAUCGACCCUUCUCCAAUGCAAUGCACCAUUGCAAACCAGAUAACCAGGUGUAUCAGCAUCUAGCUCAAAACUUUCGUGUCGAAGUGACCGAUUCCAAUUGUCACACCAAGCCGAAAGAAUUGUUUGUCUUUACUGAUGACCAUAACAUAAUGGAGGCUCUGCGUUUAAAGAGACCCCCGCGCAAUGAGGAGGCACGAGAGCACCUUGAAAAAACCAAAACGCUUUCUGAACGGAUCGAAAUGUCAGGGAUUCAUCUCGAGAUCCAUUAUUGCUGCAAUCGUCAAAGAUUCCCCAGAAAGCAUCUUGCGAGCGAGAAAGCUAAGGAUGUCAUCAAAGUCAGGAGAGAGGGAAACCCAUCCAGUUCCAAGGUUGAUUCAUACAAGUGA